AACAACAGAAAAGACUUAUAAAAAGUCCUCCCCUUUUUACCAUAUCCCUGUCUUCUUCCAUUAAAAUCCCACAAAACCAAAACCCUUUCACCUCCCAAUGCCUCUUUUCUUCAGUUCAUAGAAAGUUUCUUCCUUUCUCCUUUUCCCUCACUUCCUAAACACACCCCCUUAACCUUCAACACACCCCCAUAACUCAAAACUUCAAUAAGCCAAACAAAAUGAUAAGUGCUUUAGACUUAUACCAUGUCCUCACAGCAGUAGUACCACUCUAUGUAGCAAUGAUCCUUGCCUAUGGUUCUGUAAAAUGGUGGAAAAUCUUCACACCAGAUCAAUGUUCAGGCAUAAACCGUUUUGUAGCACUUUUUGCAGUUCCACUUCUCUCAUUCCACUUCAUCUCAACCAACAAUCCUUACACUAUGAACUACAGGUUCAUAGCAGCUGAUUCACUUCAAAAAACUAUCAUCCUAACACUCCUUUUCAUUUGGUCAAGAACAAGCUCCAGAGGGUCAUUAGAAUGGUCUAUAACACUGUUCUCACUUUCAACACUUCCUAACACACUUGUUAUGGGCAUUCCUUUGUUGAAAGGAAUGUAUGGUGAUGAUUCUGGUACCCUUAUGGUUCAAAUAGUUGUUCUUCAAUGUAUCAUUUGGUAUACAUUGAUGUUGUUUUUGUUUGAGUAUAGGGGUGCUAGGAUUCUCAUUGUUGAACAGUUUCCUGAUACUGCUGGUUCUAUUAUAUCAUUCAAAGUUGAUUCUGAUGUUCUUUCUUUGGAUGGUAAAGAGCCACUUCAAACUGAAGCUGAAGUUGGUGAAGAUGGUAAACUUCAUGUGAAAGUUAGAAAAUCAACUAGUUCAAGAAGUGAGAUUUUUUCUAGAAGGUCUCAUGGUGUUAACUCUGGUGUUUCUUUGACACCAAGACCUUCUAAUUUGACUAAUGCUGAGAUUUAUUCUCUUCAAUCUUCUAGAAAUCCUACACCAAGAGGGUCUAGUUUUAAUCAUACUGAUUUUUAUUCUAUGGUGAAUAAUGGAAGAAAUGUUAGUCCUAGACAAUCUAACUUUGGAAGUUUAGGUUUUGAUGAGGAAAGUGGUGUUGCUAAAGCUAAUGGAAAUGGUGGAAAUGGCUACCCUGCUCCUCAUAGUGCAGGGAUUUUUUCACCUGUGGCUAAUAAGAAAAAGGGUCAUGGUGGUGGUGCUGGUGAUGGUGGAAAAGAUCUUCAUAUGUUUGUUUGGAGUUCAAGUGCUUCACCUGUUUCUGAAGGUGGAAUCCAUGUCUUUAGAGGUGGUGGUGAUUAUGGAAAUGAUCAGCUUAAUGGAGUAGCUCACCAAAAAGAUUAUGAAGAAUUUGGUCAUGAUGAGUUUAGCUUUGGAAAUAGAACUGUUGCUAAUGGUGUGGACAAAGAAGGACCAGUGCUAUCCAAACUUGGUUCAAGCUCAACUACUGAGCUUCAUCCUAAAGCUGGAUCUCAAGGUGAAGCUAAGCCAACAAACAUGCCACCUGCUAGUGUUAUGACAAGACUCAUUUUGAUUAUGGUGUGGAGGAAAUUGAUUAGGAAUCCUAAUACUUAUUCCAGCCUUAUUGGUCUUACCUGGUCCCUGGUCUCAUUCAGGUGGAAUGUUGUUAUGCCUGCUAUUGUUGCUAAAUCGAUUGCAAUUUUAUCUGAUGCUGGCCUUGGAAUGGCUAUGUUUAGCCUUGGGUUGUUCAUGGCAUUGCAACCAAGGAUUAUUGCUUGUGGAAACACCGUUGCUUCUUUCGCGAUGGCGGUUCGCUUCCUUACCGGCCCUGCUGUCAUGGCUUUUUCUUCAUUUGUUGUAGGACUCAGGGGAGUUCUGUUGCACAUUGCUAUUGUACAGGCUGCUCUUCCCCAAGGAAUAGUCCCUUUUGUGUUUGCCAAGGAAUACAAUGUUCAUCCUGACAUUCUUAGCACUGGGGUUAUAUUUGGAAUGCUAAUUGCUCUUCCUAUCACAUUAGUUUACUACAUUUUAUUGGGACUUUGAAGCAAAUAUUUGAGGACUUGAAAGAAAGAAUGAAGACUAAUUUCAGUGGAUUAGGCUCUCUUACAUAUAUAUAACUACUCCAUUUUAGUGUUUUUUUUUUUUUUUGGGCUAUUAUCUAACAAUGUAGAAAUUUGGCAGUUGGUAAGAUUUGCAAAUGGGAAGACAUGUAAUUUUAGGGCAAUAGCUAGUUAGGUAGUAGAAGGAGAAAAAAAAAGUUGGUAAUGUUUUUUUUAAGCCUUUUUUUGACUGUGAACCCAACUUUUGCAUAUUUUGCUUGGAUUAAUGAAAAAAGAGGAAAGUGAAGGUUGUUUGUAGUUGUCGACA